AUGGUUGGUACGGAUGCCACGCCCAUUAAAUCGCAACACGUGUGUUUCCAGGUUGGACUGUUUUCUUUUAUACUACUCUGCACUCGGCAUUGGCAGCAAGAAGUGCAAAAGCUCGAAAGACAAAUCAAUAUUACUGUUGACUCUUGGAGCGGGAAAAAAGUCAACAUGAGCAAGUUACCAAGACAGAGAAAGCGCAAGCGAUGCGAAAGAAGAGAAGACAACGCUUUGACCGCAGACAAGAUUCCAGAGCUGCCAUGUGAAAUAGAGAUCGACAUGGACAUCAACAAGAAGAAGGUACCUUCGGCAGGGUUUGAUUCCUGUAAUGUGUUGGCUCUGCCUUCGAAAAAGAUCAAACUGGCCCCGAAGAGGGCCAGGGCAUUAGAUAAGCGACCCUUUUUGUCCAAGAAAAAACGCAAAGAACUGGAGAAAAUAGUUCAAAAAAAGGAGAAAAAGAAAAAGAGAGGCUCCUUGUUAGAAGCACUGAGCAGCUUUCAGGCGCCUGAGGGUUUGAAUUUUGCAUCAGUAAUUAACCAUAAAAAGAAGGCCCCACCGAAAAAGGAAAAAAAGUCUGCUACUGAAAAUAUGGAAGAGGAUUAUGAAGAAGACCUUGAAGAAAGUGAGGAAGAACAAAUGGUCCAGGCUCCUGUUGCUGCCAAAGUGCAAUAUUUGGUUCCAAAGCCAACAAUGGUCCAAAAUUUCUGUCAAUCUGCAAUUGAAACCAAACCAAAAGCUGCCCCUAAAGUUGAAGAAGUGAAGCAGAUUAAAAAAGUUGUGCCAGCAGAAGGAAAGACGCAGAAGGCGGUGUUUGUUCCAGUCAACAGAUCAGAAAGCAUGCAGGCUGCAAGAAUGAAACUGCCCAUUUUAGCUGAGGAGCAAUCUAUUAUGGAAACCAUAAAUGAGAAUCCUGUGGUGGUUAUCGCUGGAGAAACUGGCUCUGGUAAAACUACUCAGGUGCCUCAGUUCCUAUACGAAGGGGGUUACGCCAGCAAAGGCAAGAUGAUUUGUGUGACAGAGCCUCGGAGGGUUGCAGCAAUUUCGAUGGCUUCCAGAGUGGCCGAGGAAAUGGGUCUGAGCAGUCGGGAGGUGUCGUACCUGAUCCGAUUUGAAGGAAAUGCCUCGCCUAGCACAAGGAUACUUUUCAUGACAGAUGGUGUGCUGCUCCGGGAGGCCAGGAGUGACCUCCUACUCUCCAAGUACUCUGUAAUCAUCGUAGAUGAGGCCCACGAACGCAGUCUAUUCACUGACAUCUUGGUCGGGCUGCUUUCCAGAGUUGUCAAACUAAGGCAACAAAAGGGAAACCCUCUAAAGUUAAUUGUUAUGUCUGCAACUCUUCGACUGGAGGACUUCACAGAGAACACUCGAUUGUUCAAAACACCUCCUCCAGUUAUAAAAGUGGAUUCCCGACAGUAUCCAGUGAACGUCCAUUUUGCGCGUGAGACUGCUGUUGACUACAUGUCUGCAGCGUACAAAAAAGUCUGCAAGAUUCACACGCAGCUGCCAGAUGGAGGCAUUCUUGUUUUCGUAACUGGUCAGAAAGAGGUGAAACAGUUAGUACAAAAGCUGCGAAAAGCUUUCCCUCUGAAGACCCAAUCAGAGCUUGAAUCACAAGAGAUGGAUUCUGAAAAAGAACAGGAGGAGAAGACCCCAUUGGAGUUUGAUGAGAUUGGCCGCAAAGGUUCAAACCCAAAAAAGAAGAAAAAGAAGAAGAAGAAUAACGUGUCCUUAGAACCUGUCAAUCUUGACUCUUUUGCUGAAUCUGCACUAGAUGACGAAGCUGCAGGUAACACGGAUAAAUAUCAACGCCUAAUUGUUUUUCCAUUGCUAAAAUUAUUUGCAGAUGCACUUGAGGGCGACGAUGACGAUGAAGACGGUGUGGACAUUGAUGACAUGGAAUUGCCAGCGCUGCGGCAGCCAAUGUGGGUGCUGCCCUUGUACUCGCUGCUGCCUAGCCAUAAACAGACCAGGGUGUUCUUGCAGCCUCCUGAAGGUCACCGGCUAUGUGUGGUGGCCACAAAUAUUGCUGAAACUUCACUGACAAUUCCUGGGGUCAAGUACGUGGUAGACUGUGGUCGCACCAAGCUCAGGAAGUGUGACAAAAUUACGGGGGUGUCCACUUUUCAUGUUGAUUGGACUUCAAAGGCUUCAGCAGAGCAGAGGAAAGGUCGAGCAGGACGUGUUGGUCCUGGACACUGCUAUCGACUCUACUCAUCAGCUGUCUUCAAUGACAAGUUGCCUCAGUUCUCAGAACCUGACAUAUUGAGCAGACCUGUAGACGACCUCUUCCUGCAGAUGAAAGCCAUGGGCAUCGACAAGGUUAUCAACUUCCCGUAUCCUAAGCCGCCAAGUCAUGAACAGCUGGAGGCUGCUGAAGUGAAGUUAGUGCUGCUGGGUGCCCUGGAACCUCCCUCAGAGGGAAAGAAAAGUGCUGGUGGAUUGACCCCUCUAGGAAAGGCGAUUUCAGGGUUUCCUGUGGCGCCGCGCUUUGGUAAAAUGCUGGCCCUAUGCAUGCAGCAGAAAGAGCUGAUGCCUCACGCUGUGGCCCUGGUGGCCGUCCUCUCUGUCGAACAAUUGCUUCUCGAACCUGGCAAAGCGGUUAAAGAGUGUGCCUUACACGGCCAAGCCUUGCAGCUCGGUGACCCUGCCAUUCUACUCAGGUUACUCUACGCGAGCGGCAAAGCCCUGGCGCGGGGUGGUGAGAAAGCCUUAAGCGAGUUUUGUGAUAUACAUGCUCUUAGGCUAAAGGGAAUAAAGGAGGUGGGCAAGCUGCGGGUGCAGCUUACCUCUGAAAUCAACCUGGCUCACCCUGAACUUGGAUUGUGCAUCGACCCUAUGCUGCCACCACCCAAUGAUUCUCAAUGUCGGAUGCUGCGUCAGAUCUUGCUGGCUGGCAGCGUGGACCAGGUUGCCAUGAAAGUGGAUCAAUUUGAAUUAAAGGAGAAGAAAGAAAAGUGGAAAUUGGCUUAUCGGACUCCCUUGCUGGAGCAACCAGUUUUUCUGUCGGGCGAGAGUGCUCUGAAGAAGGCCAAGCCACAGUGGGUCAUCUUCCAGGAGCUUUUUGAGACUGGCAAAAUCAUGAUGAGAGGUGUUACUGUAAUUGAGCCAGAUUGGUUGACAACCUACGCACCCAGUCUCUGCAGGCUGUCCCCAGUUCUUCUAGAUCCUGCGCCAAGGUUUGACUCAAGGAGCCAGAAACUCAUGUGCUGGGUCACGGGAACUUUCGGUAAGGGUAACUGGGAGCUGCCUCGAAUGGAGAUCGAGAUUCCAGAGGGACCUGAGAGGUACAAGUACCUAGCACUUUUCAUUGUGGAAGGUGCUGUUUUUCCCUCGCUGGCAGAGUUCAAACAUCAGCUCAUACUAAAUACAGGCGUCAUGACAAAGAGCUAUUCCAGUUUAGCCCCCAAGUAUGCUACAAUGGUGAACCAACUAAUGUUGAAACAAGCAGACAGCAAGCAAAAAAUCGAGCAACUGUGGAAGAAGGAUCCAAAAUAUUUGUUGCAAGCGUUUAAACAGUGGAUACCUGAGUCAGCGCACGCUAGAGCAGAAACUCAUUGGCCACCUUCCUGAAAGCUAUUGUUAAUAUUGCAAAAUUAAAUCCAAUAUAAUAAAAAAUCAUGGUACUUUAAAAUGAAGCAUUAUAUUAACCGCCUAAUAAUGUAGCUUAUAAAGUGAACUUUUUUCUGCUCUAUAUCCUAUAUCAUAUAUAUAGGAUUUAUCAUUAUUUACUUUCAAAUAAAAUAAUUUGAUCAAUUCAUUAAUUUUA